GACUUCCGCGACGCCUGCGACGCCUUCCGGGCCGCCGACCUCGGAGACGGCUUCACCCGCUUCCACUUCUCCAUCAAGCGCACGGGCAACUACUCCCUGGCCGUGUCCACUGCCGAAAAUCGCACGGUGUACCGAUCUGUGCUCGAGAUCGUGCCCGCGGGCGUGUCGCACCUCAACUGCCGCGCCUUCGGAUUCCGCAACACCACCGUCGGCUUCCGGGGCGUGGGCUACCUGCUGGUGGCCGACAGGUUCGGGAACGCCUACGACGACGGCACCAGGGCCCUCGCAAAUCUGUCCGCCUUUUCCGUCACUUUCAAGGAAGAAAAUCAGCCGUACUUCAUCCAGGGCGUUGCGGGCGCCAUAGGGGAGUACGACGCGUGGGAAGGGGGGUACGAAGUGUCGUACAACAUCACAGAGGCGGCGGUUUACGCCGUAAGCGCCCGGUGGGUGAGCUGGUCGGUUCCGGGCUCAGGCGACCGGGUGUCUCUCCUGCCGAACCGAGCCUCCCCGGCGAAGUGCGUGCUGGCUCCCCCUGGGGCCAUGGGGGGGGAGGCGGGGGGCACGUGGGCGCUGGUGUUGAAGGGCUACGACAGGUUCGGGAACGGGGCCGCGGACGAGGACAUGGCGCCGUGGACUAGAGUGGCGCUGUCGCGCGACGGGAGGGCGGUUGGGGUGGAGGGGCUGGUCGAGUUGCUGGACUUGGACGGCGCGUCGCUGCGGGUGGCUUUGGCGCUGAGGGCGGCGGGGAGGUACGACGUGGUGGUGCUUGUCAAUGGGACGCAG